UAUUAUUAAAUUUCCUUGAGCUAUUUAUGCAAGCACAUAUUUUUCUUGUAUCGUCCUCUGCAGCAAGAAUACAAAAAUCCAUUGAAAAGGAUAUGUUGCACCGCUCUGUAGUGGUUGUUGUAGCAGUACCUCAUGUGUUGAUUGGUUGUGUGCUAGUUGGCGGUGCUUUUCCGGGCUUCCCCGGUCGAUGUAGUAACGUAGAACUGAGCUGAAACUACUGCAAAUAUUCAGAAGUCGUCCAAAAUACGUGCUUAUCUAUACGUAGUACUUUUAAUUCAGUUUUGAUUGAACAUUUUUUCCCGUUUUUUAUAUAAUUAUAUGAAUCAUCCCUUAAAUAGCCGACUAUUGUAUCACUUAAAAUCUUCGCAAGUGCUUUAAAUAAACACAAACGGAAGUAAUUUUCUUCUUAUCUGCUCACUAUCAAUUUUCUUAUCAGGAGGCAUGCCUACCCCACUAACACUUUGCGUAAUUGCUAUACUCUACCAUACUCCAGGCACUUUUGUUUUGACAACAUAACAUCUGUGUACAUAUAUUUAUACAUAUGGAUGUAUGUAUGUUUGUAAGCACAAAAAGGGCAUGCCACGUACGUAUCUGAUUCUCAAUGAUACGCUUGUCUUAAAUGAUAGGCUUGGCGCACAAGAAUUGAAAAGGCAAUUCACUUUCACUGUUACUUGCUGGCAAACUCUGGCUCAGGGUCGCCCAGAUAUCUUGUACAGGGCAGACCAGUUUAGUUAAGACUUCUGCAUUCUAAAAACCAUUAAAACAGCAGCUCUAUAACGCAAAAGAAGCUUCAAGCUAGGCAACCAUGCCAGUUUAUGACGCACUGUACGAGCGCCUAUCAAAGGUGGGCCAGGAGCAUUUACUUAAGUUCUGGGAGGAGUUGACACUCGAUCAGCAGGAGCUUUUAGUGCGUGACAUUGAGGAACUUAAUCUUAACGAAUUGAAACUCUAUUUCGAUCGUGCAACUGAGUCAUUGCAAGAGAAUGGCAUUAAACUGGACGAUCGUAUGCAACCAAUACCAGAAUCGAAGUUGGUCAGCAUUGAGCGUACGGCGGAAGAGCGUCUCAAGGCUUACGAAGAAGAGGGAAUGCGACAAAUUAGCGCUGGACAUGUAGCUGUGCUGCUGAUGGCUGGCGGACAAGGCACCCGUUUGGGUUUCGCUCAUCCCAAAGGCAUGUACGACGUGGGUUUGCCAUCGAAAAAAUCACUAUUUCGCUUACAAGCCGAACGCAUACAAAAACUUGAGGAAUUAGCUUAUGCUGCUACAGGACGUCGUGGUGUUAUUACAUGGUACAUCAUGACUUCGGAACACACCAUUCAACCGACAUACGAGUACUUUAUGGCCAACAAUUAUUUUGGUUUGAAGAAGGAGAACAUCAUACUCUUCGAACAGGGUUCAUUGCCAUGCUUCGAUUAUGAUGGACGCAUUAUAUUGGACGAAAAGCAUCGUGUAGCACGCGCGCCAGAUGGUAAUGGAGGACUAUAUCGGGCAUUGAAGCAACAGGGCAUUUUAGAUGACAUUAAGAAACGCGGCGUAUUGUAUUUGCAUGCGCACAGCGUGGAUAAUAUAUUGAUAAAGGUCGCCGAUCCGGCUUUUAUCGGCUACUGCGUACAAGAGAAUGCCGAUUGUGCAGCCAAGGUGGUUGAGAAAUCAGCACCGAAUGAAGCAGUCGGUGUUGUAGCUAUUGUGGAUGGCAAGUACCAAGUGGUGGAGUAUAGCGAAAUAUCCGCGAAAACCGCCGAGAUGCGCAAUCCCGAUGGGCGGUUAACCUUCAGUGCUGGCAAUAUUUGCAAUCACUUUUUCAGCGCUGCCUUUCUAUACAAAAUUGGUGAAACAUACGAAAAGGAAUUGAAGUUGCAUGUUGCCAAGAAGAAGAUUCCCUUCGUUGACAAUUCAGGAAAGCGUAUAACGCCUGAAAAGCCAAAUGGCAUUAAAAUUGAAAAGUUCGUAUUUGAUGUGUUUGAGUUUGCACAGAAAUUCGUGGCUAUGGAAGUGCCACGUGCCAGUGAGUUUAGCGCGCUGAAGAAUGCUGACAGCGCAGGCAAGGAUUGUCCGUCGACAGCGCGUGCUGAUUUAGCACGUCUGCACAAACGGUAUAUCGAAGCUGCGGGCGGCAUUGUGCAUGGUGAUGAAUGUGAAAUUUCACCAUUCGUCAGCUACGCUGGUGAGAAUUUGGCACCACUUGUUGCUGGCAAAUCUUUCACAAGUCCAGUGUACUUGCGCAGCAAUCGCGAUCCCUACCAUGGACACCUGUGACACGUUUUGAUGAAAUACGCUGAAUAUAACUUGUUGACUGAUGAUAUGUAUGUAGCUGUGUAGAGUCGUAAAUGCAGUAGAUUUUAGAUUUUACUAGCUCUGUUAUGGUUUCUAAUAGUACCCACAGUAAAAACGUUAAAAAUUAAUAAUGCAGAGAGAAAUUUACUGGGCUCUGCAGCAUCUAUUUAAGUAGAUUUGUGGCGUGCGUGUAUUUCCAAAUUAGACUUUCAGAUGAAAUCAAGAAAAGCUGUUAUUUGACUUUUUGAAGUAUUUUAUGAAUUUGCAAGGCAAAACCUGAAUAUUCUACUUAACGGUACAUUGUUUUUACUACUUAUUAAUGCGCUUAGAUUGUUAAAAAAAAAUAUUGUAUUACUGCGGAUUGGAUUUUUCUUAAUAUUU